AUGUAUGGGCUGUCACUUGGGAUAUCUCAAGUUGGUGAACGACUCCCUGCCCCUGUGUAUGCACUCUUGUCAGGUCUCAACUCGGCCACAGUCGGCAUCAUUGCCUUAGCAGCAGUGCAACUGGCCGAGAAGGCGAUCACCGACAAGUUGACGCGUAUCAUUGUCUGCUUUGGUGGCGCUGCCGGCAUUUUGUAUUCCUCCCUCUGGUACUUCCCCCUCCUGAUGGUGGCUGGGGGGCUGGCAACGGUGGUGUGGGAUCUGCGGAUAGGACACAAAGCUUUGAACUGGGCACGAAACAUAAUAUCGUUACAAAGCACCCAGGAACACAGGCAAGCCACUGGGGAUCCAGUAAGAAUCGAGUCGCAGGACCCGAUCAUUCAGCAACCGUCAGCCACGAUAUCUGAAAGCAGCGUCCAAAUGAGGCGAAAUCGGACGCGGCACAUGCAGGACACGCUUCCCGUCACGGAAACAGCACCAUCGCAACAGGACGAAGCGAUCAGCAGCUCACAGCAUCCGGUUGUCCAACAAAACCAAAUACUCGCGCUGCUCACCUGGAAGCGCGGGCUUCUAAUAAUUACCGUCUUCCUCGCCUCGUUUGUCACAGUCCUCACACUGCGCGGCCUGCUGCGAAACCCGCCCCGAGGCUUCUCACUCUUUGCCAACCUCUACCUCGCCGGGACCAUCAUCUUUGGAGGCGGGCCGGUGGUCAUCCCACUUCUCCGGGAAUACAUCGUCGCAGAGGGCUGGGUCUCUGCACGGGACUUCCUGCUGGGCCUCGCAGUCAUCCAGGCGUUCCCCGGGCCCAACUUCAACUUUGCAGUUUAUCUCGGAUCCCUAGCUGCCGCUAACACACCCCUGCCUACUUUUGUGGGCGCCCUUGUCGCCUUCAUGGCUAUAUUUGCCCCCGGUAUGAUAAUUGUGUCUGGUGUCAUGGGGUUCUGGAAGGAGCUGAGAUCCCGGAGGUGGCUGGUGUCACUCCUGAGGGGGGUCAAUGCGGCUGCUGUCGGCCUGGUGUAUACGGCUGUCUACAGACUUUGGCAGAUUGGGCUGUUGGAUGAGACCAAGUCCAACGGAAGCCCUCUUGGCGGCGACCCGUGGUGGGUGGCCAUCACCGCGACGAGUUUUGUCGGUGGGCGAUGGUUUGGGCUGAGCGCGCCUUUGGCGAUAUUACUUGGCGGUGUUCUGGGCAUGAUCUGGUAUGCUAUCGUUGAAGCUUGA